GUCUGGGUGCCUGUGUCAGUGUUUGCUUCCUGGGCUGGGAUGGAGAGGGCGUUCGGGGGGGCAUGGCGUCCUGUAUGAGAUCCAGGACUCUCAGCAAGGAUGAUGUUAACUAUAAACUGCAUUUCAGGAUGAUCAACGAACAGCAGGUAGAGGACAUCACCAUUGAUUUCUUCUACAAGCCCCACACCAUCACCCUGCUGACCUUCACCAUUAUCAGUCUCAUGUACUUUGCCUUCACAAGAGAGAACACAAGCCAAGAAGACAAUAUUUGGAAGGGCAUCUUAUCCGUGAUAUUUUUCUUCUUAAUUAUCAGUGUGCUUGCAUUCCCAAAUGGCCCCUUUACGAGACCACAUCCUGCUCUCUGGAGAAUGGUGUUUGGUCUCAGCGUACUUUAUUUCCUGUUCCUGAUCUUCUUGCUGUUCUUGAACUUUGAACAAGUGAAGUCUGUCAUGUAUUGGUUAGACCCCAACCUUCGUUUUGCUACACGCGAAUCUGAUAUCAUGGAAUAUGCUGUGAAUUGCCAUGUUAUUACUUGGGAGCGAAUACUAAGCCAUUUUGACAUAUUUGCAUUUGGACACUUCUGGGGAUGGGCAAUGAAAGCUUUGCUGAUCCGGAGCUACGGACUGUGCUGGACAAUAAGCAUCACAUGGGAGCUGACAGAGCUGUUUUUUAUGCAUCUUCUUCCCAACUUUGCCGAGUGCUGGUGGGAUCAAGUGAUUCUGGACAUUCUCUUAUGCAAUGGAGGUGGCAUUUUUCUUGGUAUGAUCGUUUGUCGCUUUUUGGAGAUGAGAAGUUAUCACUGGGCAAGUUUUAAGGACAUUCACACCACCACCGGGAAAAUAAAGCGAGCAGUAUUGCAAUUCACUCCAGUAAACUGGAUCUAUGUCAGGUGGUUUGAUCCCAAGUCUUCAUUUCAAAGAGUUGCUGGUGUCUAUCUUUUCAUGAUAAUUUGGCAGCUGACUGAGCUGAAUACAUUCUUCUUAAAACAUAUCUUUGUAUUCCAAGCAAGUCAUGCACUGAGCUGGUGUCGGAUUCUUUUUAUCGGAGUGAUAACAGCCCCUACUGUCAGACAAUACUACGCCUAUCUCACAGACACGCAAUGCAAAAGGGUCGGCACUCAGUGCUGGGUGUUUGGUGCAAUUGCCUUCCUUGAAGCACUCGUAUGUAUAAAGUUUGGUCAAGAUCUCUUCUCCAAGACACACAUGCUGUAUGUGGUACUUUGGCUUCUCUGCGUUGCUAUUACUACGUUUUUGUGCCUGUAUGGCAUGGUGUGGUAUGCAGAUCGCUACGGCUCACGAGAAAAGACAUAUUCAGAAUCUGAGGACAACACAUAUAAUACUGAUGUACCAUGGCAACAUGUUGAUAAAAUUGUGGAAGUCCCAUCAAAGCACAGUGAAAACACAACGUCUCGAAGGAAGAACCGCUCUAGGGCAAAAGUAACGAAUGGAGUUGGCAAGAAAUGAGUCAUCCACAGCCAACAUUAAAACAGAGCGAGGAGAUGAACCUAUGGCUUGGAACAUUGUGCUUAAUAUAAGACACAGUGUACAAGAUGAAGAAAAAAAUCAAGCUCGGGGUUCUUCAGGCAUCUGCAAGUUAACAAUCAUAUGCAAUCCCAAUUUCAAAAGUAUUGCUUGAUCUUCCCUGCUCCUCUAACCAUUUUUUUUAGAACUUUGGAACUUCUGAUCACCAGUUCAGACAAACAAAACCUGUCUGUGUUAGGCAGCCGUAGAAAAUGGACCGGAUCAUCAACCCUUACUGAUUCUCUCGUCAUGCUCCGCUUAUUUUCAACAUAAUAUUUCUCUUCUCUUGCUUGCAGUCUUGAAUGCUGAUGCCUCUGUUCACCAAGAUCUGGUCGUGUUUUAAUUUAAUGUGUAGUGUUUCUACAGAUUUGUCACUUUGCUUUUUUCCCCCGUAUAUAUAAUUAAUUUACACUCCCUGGGUUCAGAACCUGGUUGUCUUGCUUUUAAAGUUUAUUAUUGUUUUUUUUUUUUUUUUAAUAUAUAUAUUUUUGUUUUAGUAGUAUGUAAUCUUUAUUAACAAUCACUAGUGCAUUUUGGACAAUUGUCUAUCAUAAUGUGAAGUGGAAAUCACUUAUACAAAGUUUACAGCCAUGCUAUUUUUUUUUUUUUUUAUAGGUGUAAAUAGAUUUGUGUUUAUUGGUUAGUAUUACGUCCAGCUCAAAGUAGCGAGUUGGUAGGUAGCACUGAGACACACAUGACUGCAUAACGUAAAGGCCAGGAUUCACUCCAGAAACUCUUGUACAACAAAAUAAAAUGUAACUGCCUUUUUGGUUUGGUAAUCGCGAGGAAAAGGAUAACAGCCGCAAUGCAUAUACCGAGUGCUUAUAAUGCGCAUCAUUGAGGCACAAAAAUAAACCAUCACUUGGAAAAUUA